GCCGCCCAAGGCUAAAGUCCAUACUCCUGAGCAACAACUCUGUCAACAACACUUUGAGAAAAAUACUCAAAGAUUGUCGUCCGGUAGAUUUUCGGUUCGUUUGCCGUUUAAAUCUGACCCAAAUAAUCUUGGUUCGUCAUACGAAGUUGCGAAACGUAGAUUUUUGUCGCUAGAAAGGAAAUUGUCAAAGGACCCUUCGCUGAAGAAGAUGUAUAUUGAAUUCAUGGAGGAGUAUGUUUCACUGGGCCACAUGUCCUCCACCAAUGACAAAAUUCCGAAUACUCCGCACUAUUUCAUUCCGCACCAAUGCGUUUUACGGCCACAAAGUACUUCAACUAAGUUGAGAGUAGUUUUCGAUGCAUCGAGCCGUACUUCUACGCAGGUAGCGUUGAAUGACAUCUUGAUGGUAGGCCCAACUAUUCAAGAGGAGCUGUACUCGACUCUGCUUCGGUUUAGAUUGCAUAAGUUUGCCCUUGCGGCCGACGUCAAAAAGAUGUAUCGCCAAGUGAUGGUGGACGAAGCUGACCGAAACUUCCAGCUCAUAGUAUGGAGACGAGAUCAUUCUGAGUCCCUGAAAAUCUUUAAGUUGAACACCGUUACAUAUGGAACUUCGCCAGCCCCCUUUUUGGCGAUUCGGUGUUUAAUGCGGCUAGGAGAGAUGGCGCAAGCAACUCAUCCAAAAGCCGCAAAGGUUAUUCAGAAUGAUUUUUAUGUUGACGAUUUGUUGACUGGCGCCGGAUGCGUUGAGGACCUGCAAAGCCUUCGAGACGAAGUUUCUCAGAAUUUAUAGGAAAAUUAAUUUCAAUGAAUUUAGCGAAAUGUAUUUUGCCCUUCAAAU